AUGUCGAAUAGACACUAUUAUCAACAUCACCAUAAAGUUUCUCUGCCUUCCCAUUUCAUCAAUGUCAAUUUCAAGUUCAUUGUUGAUCAAAUAAGGCAAGAGGAUCCUAACAUUCCCAUCGACACUGAGGAUAUUAUACGUGUUAUUGGAAGAGGGAGUUGUCCAAUUUGUUUAACUGAUGAACCAAUUGCACCUAGAAUGAUAGCAUCGUGUGGACAUAUUGUAUGCUUGAAAUGUAUUUUGGCCUUGCUUGAAUCAGCUGCUGAAUCAUCAGCCACGGCAUAUUGUCCAAUUUGUUUGUCAGUCAUUCCAAAACAUAAGCAUAAUUUUAUCCCGGUACUUAUUAAUUAUAUGGAUGAGAAUGUUAAAAUUGGUGAUGAUGUCACUUUGCAACUCAUGUGUAGGCGACUGGAUCAAAUGUUUGCCUUGCCAUAUGACAUUGCAAAGCAGAAUCAUGCUAAAUUUCCUGGUAUGGACAUAUUUCCAUAUCUGAGGGUUUACAAAGGGGAUUUGAAAUAUGCCCUUGAUUUGUAUGAACUGGAGAAGGCUCAGAUACUUCAACAAUAUGAUGAAGAAAAACUUAUCUAUGGUGAUGAUUAUAAAUUAGUGGCAGAAGCACUUUGUUAUAUCGAUAAGGAGAUGGAUAAAUGGAAACAGAAAUUUUCAGUUGAACCAAGUAAUCAUAAUGUUCCAUCUAUGUCACAACAUCAACAGAACUCACAUGAUUUUUACUUUUUCCAAACUGCAUUUAAUAAUAAUACAACUAUAUACACAUUGAAUACGUUUGACAUGAAAGUUCUCAAAUCAAACUACCAUUCUUAUUCCAACCUUCCAACGACCGUAACCGCAAAAAUUGAAUCGAUAAGAUACGACGAAUUGACACCAGAGACAGUUAGAGGUAAGUUCAAAUAUUUGGGUCAUUUACCCGUGGGUACACAAGUUGCAUUUCUAGAAAUAAAAUGGAACAAUAGUCAAUUUAUAAAUCAUGAGACUUGGGAGAUGUUUAAAGAAGAUUUAAUUAAACGAUCCAAGAAAACCAAAAAGAGAUUUAAUAAAGAAGAACGAGAUAGGAAACGAGCCAUGGAUGAAGAAGAAAGAAGAAAUCGAGAUUUUUUUAAACGUGAGAAUAGUAAUGGUGGUGAUGAAGAUGAUGAAGAUGGAGGUCUGAAUUUUGGAAUGGGAAGUUUAAGAAUCGUCGACCUUAGAGAAUUGCCAGCAUUAUCUGAACAACCUUCUAUUGCUGAUACUGAGGGUGAAUUUCAAACUACUAUCUGGGGUACUCGUAUACCAAAGACUCAAAAUGAUCCGGUUGCAAAUGCAGAUAAUGAGUAUGAUUUGGAAACGGCUGAAAUGAUUCGAAAGGCAAAAGAGGAAAUGGCAAAACAAGAACAAGGUGGGAAUAAAAAGAAAAAGAAAAAGAAGUUAGUAUUAUUAUCGUCAUGA